AUGAUUCUGAAUGAUGUGCCUGAUGUUCAUACUGUAUGUAUUGAUACCGUAUGUGUGUGUGAGACGCAGGGAGCUCCUGCACAGGGUGACAUCCCCAGAAAAUGAGGGAAGUGGGAUUGCAGAAGGCCAAGAGGAGCAAAGACUCCGGACCCAGAAGUCAGUGGCGAGCAUCGGGGAAGAGCGAGCCAUCUUGUUGGGCUUCAGCAUGAUGGCCUUCUCAGUGCUCAUGUUCUUUGUUGUUGGAAUCACAACAGUCAAACCGCAUGUGAACAGUAAGUGGGAGGAGGAGGACAGUUGUGUGCUACUGCAGACUGAAAUCUUGGACGAGUGGGUGGACUGCAGAGGUGUGAGCAGCAUGCCGUGCCUGGUGGUCACCAUUAAUCUCACACACUCCAAUCAAAAAGCCUUUCUGCACUUUGACGAGGAGUCGGUGCUGCUUACACCCAAGUGUUUGUACGUGCACAAAUGUAAAAUGGAUCAAUCGGAACUUGAAGGUGAAGUCCUGAAGGUGAAAAGCAACUUGGACUCUCAGUUGGGAAGCGCCUCCUCGUGCCUCAAAGACCGUGCCAGGCACCCCGGGGAUGUCAUCUUGAGCAGAAAGUACACCUUGAAGAGGACCCUGUACGCAAUACUGUGGCCUAGCCUGAUGCUGGCUGGCGGAGCCCUGCUGGUGGUCCUGGUCAAAAUGACACAGUGUCUUGCUCAUCUGUCGGCCCAGAUAUGCAGCGUGAUGGCGGGGGGGCGGCGAACUUCCAGAUACACUCUGGGGAAAUUCUACAAACUCAUCCAGAGGUCGGCUGUGUCCUCGCCUAUGUGACUGCGAUGUCGACAUUGUCGGGAAAUAAGCAACGUGCCCAAGGUUGUCAU